GGAAAUGGAACUCAGACUCGUGUGUGAUAUGUUUCGGCUAACAUCUAGGAAAGUUUGAUCCAAAUUCAACAAUGGAAACAUGAGGGCCUGCCCGAAGAUGAGACUCGACCUUCCACUGAUGCUCUCCAGUAAAUUUCUCUGCAAUCGGUCACCGCAUAAUGGCCGGCAGCGGAGAGCGAUGCUCCGUUUGCUGUGGACACAGACCCCGCUUGGUGCCCGUCACACUUUCCUGACUCCAAGACCAGAUCUGCAGGGCAGCACCGAGACGAGUCGCCUCAAUAUACAGUUGGAAGUUGUGCGAAGUGUGGACAGGCCUAGUGGGGUGUCGCUGCCGGCCAUGAUCUACUUCCACAGUCCGUGGAGCUUGCUGACCAGCAAGCUGAGCCUGCUCAAGCUCAAGCUGCUGUGGGACUGGCGCUUCUCGGAGGAGCAGUUCCUGGAGAACUCGCAGCAUGCGGCGCUCAUCAUCACCGACUUCAUACGCCGCCAGCGGUCCCGCAAUGUCGAGAGAUGUUCCACGCCCAUGGGCUACAAGCAGAUCUGUUACGACCUCAUAGACGGCGCCCACGACUGGCGGCUGCACAUGAUGCGCUUCGAGCGGCACCACAUCUAUCGUACCAUCCCGCUGAGGGUGCAACUCCUGCGGCACUACGGCCACAAGUUUGCCUUCAUAGACGUUGUCUACGUGGCCCUGCGUCGCAGCAACGACUUUACAUCGCCCCAGGAUCUCGACGAGGUGCAGCAUCUGAUGGGGAUGCAUGGGAAUAGUUCGCCACUGACUGUGGAGCAUCCGCUCAUCUUUGCCGAGAUAUUCGUCCGCUAUCGGCGGGACUACUCCACCAGACCCACUCCCAUGGGCAAUGUGCGGGAGAACAGUCGCUGCAUGGGCCAGUGGCUGGUGUCCACCUACAAGAUUUUGCAGUUCGAUCUCCUCGACCAACAUUCGCAGUUCGAUAUUCCAGAGACACUAUAUCUUGCCACUCAAUAAAACUGUUUGCAGCGA